AUGCCUGGGCAGCUUCGACGGAAGGCUAUUUUCCAUAAGGGUGGCUCCUUCCUGUCGAUUAGUGCUGUCCCGACAGAAGCGGCGCCCGAACCUGCACCGACCGAAACCACCAAAAGCGGACAUGUUGACACAGCUUCGCCUCAAGGUGUGGAGCCGGCAACGCAAGAGGUGCAAAAGGAAGCGAAAACCGUGGAUCUGCCGAGUCCGCGUCAGGAGCAGGAGGAGCCCUGCUCAGAGCCGGAGUCGGAGGAGCCCUCGGAGUCCUCAGAGUCAGAGGGAGCUGACAAGGAGGCUUCAGCUCCUCGUGUUUCGCAGGGGGAGCCCCUGGAGGACUUGAAGGCUUUGGAUGCCGAAGCAGUCGUCAAGGCCAUUCCUGUGGAAAGCGUUUCUAGGCAGGCUGAGCACGCAUUGGACGGAGCACAGAUGUGCAUGAAAGUGGCACGACUGGCUUCAGAGGCCACAGGAACUUGCCGCUCUUGGUCGCAGCUCUUGCGGUGCGGCACGCAUCUGCUGGACAGCACCCACUGUGUCACGCAGGCAUCCCAGAGUGUGUCAAGGUGUGCGGUCGGUGUCCCAUCGGAUCUUAUCCCGCUACUGGAGAAGAUCAAGACAGCAGAGGGCAUGACUAGGCAGGCGGUGAGCGCCACGCGGGAUUUGAUGCAGUGCACGGAGAUAAUCUCAGAGAGAGGCUUGAGGGCCACGGAGCUUUCCAACAGGUUGCUGCAGCAAUCCAAGGAGUUGGCCAGCACGCUGCAGUCGGUUGCCGGAGCAGACGAGAUGUCCAGCUUUGCCUGCAGGACCCGAA